AUAAGCAGAAUCUUUAAGAUUACCACUUGUCCAGUAGUUUUACAGUGAGAAUUCCUUUGGAGGUUAGAGUGGGUCUUGAUGGCUGCUGAAGUCCCUCGAAUGUCUAUAAAAUUCAGUUUAUCAGUCUGGUAUGCUCCACCCCUACCCUGACCAGACAGUAGGGCGCAGCAGAGUACCAGCUAGCCUGUAAAGACAACUCCCAGACAAGGCUUGGAUACACAGAAACUAAACUAUAUUUUCUUGCAUGCCCCCUUUCCUCCCUACCAAGUGAAUCCUGAACACCGUAUUUACUGGAAAGGGCUGGAAGAGUGGGAGGGAGAGACGACGAGAGAGACUUCAAUUUCCAGCCCGAUUCAGAAGCCUCUCUGGAGCCUGGAGCUAGGGAAAAGGAACCAAGGCAAAGGGGUGGGGCCAGAACUUUCCGAGUUUAGAGUCUAGGCAGAGAGGGGUGUUUCCUCAGGUAAAAGGGGCGUGCCCUGGUGGAGAGAAGGAAGUUACCCGCAGGAUUUUCUCCGAAGCUUUCUCCCGUUUUCUUUCCCCUCCCUGCGGUCGCCUGAGGUCCUUUGCCAUCAUCCCCCCACCACACCCCCAAAUAGCAGCCUCAGCCCCGACAUGGCUUCCGCAGUCUGGAGGGGUACCCCCUGGUGGGGUCCGCCACCCCCAGCCCCUGCCCGUCCCCUCACGGACCUCGACUUCUGCUCCGGAGCGCAGCUGCAGGAGCUGACUCAACUGAUCCAAGAGCUGGGGGUUCAAGAGAGCUGGCACGGCGGGCCAAAGCCCGGGGCCGACCUCCUCCGGGCUAAGGACUUUGUCUUCUCUCUGCUCAGUCUCAUCCACCGACGGGACCCCCGUGUCCCUGGGCAAACCGAGCUUCUGCUCCUGCGCGGUGGAGUCCGCGAGGGCUCUCUAGAUCUGGGGCCUGGACCCCUGGGUCCCUACGUCCGGGGGCCCCACUACGACGCCGGCUUCACGCUCCUGGUGCCCUUGCUCUGGCUGGACUGUGAGGGGGUAAGGCCCGACUUCGAGCUGGAGUCUGGCAGCGCAUGGCUCCGCCUCCAAGAGCGAGUGGGCGGGGCCUCGGCCCUGGAGGCUUGGUGCGACUGCCUAGGGCCCUCCGCCCGGGCAGGGCCGGAUGGGAAGGAGGCAGUAAAAGAGGCGUGCCCAUUGGAGAAGCCUCCGUGUGACGUCACGGGGCCCGAGUCUGCGGAGACGUCCCGGCGCGAGCUGGUCGAGUCCGACCCCAAGUCGCCAUCGCCCGCGGAAGAGCGGCGCGGCUUGAGGGAUUCGGAAGAGCGAGGCUUAUUGAAGGAACCGCACAGUGACGUCACAGAGCAACUGCCUGGACAGCCAGUCCCAGAGCCUGAGGGGCGGGGCCCUCAGGAAAACUGGCCCGUUUUGUGCCCCACCCAAGUGGCUGCCUGGUUUUUUUCCUCGCUAUCUGCUGUAGCUGUCUCCUUGACCCCGGACCCCGGCGCCGUGCGCCUGGUCCAUGCUGCCCGCCAUGCCGGAGUCACUACCAUCCUUCUAUCCACCCCAGGCCCUCCCCCCCGCCUCCUGCUCUUUGACUUGGUGCCAGGGGUCUCCGUUGCCGGCUGGCCCGAGGGAACCCGGACCCACGCCUGGAUGGGUCCCGUGGCCGCCGGGCCUACCGCCUGCUAUCUCGUGCCGGGCUACCGAGCCAAAAAGGAGGAUGGGCUGUGCUGGCGGAUUUGCUUUGCCCGCCAGGAGCUGGCGCUCAAGGCCCGCAUCCCCCAACCUCUGCUCCAGGCCCACGCCGCCGCCCAGGCCUUACUACGCCCCCUGGUGGCCGGGGCCGGCUGCGCGGCUCCCUACCUCCUGCGGACCCUGCUCUACUGGGCCUGCGAGCGACUCCCAGCCCUCUAUUUGGGGCGGCCCGAGAACGCCGGGGCUUGUUGCCUCGGGCUGCUGGACGAGUUAAGCCGCGGCCUCGAGGCUGGGGGUCUGCCUGACUACUUCCUGGAAGGGCGGGAGCUGGCGGCCGGGGAGGGGGCUACGGAGCUGGCCGGGGCUCUCGCCCGACUCCGGGGGGACCCUGUAGGGGCUCUCAGAACUGCAGUGGAGGAGGCCAAGACUGCGCGGAAGGGGGGCGGGGUCAUAGGCGGGGGUCAUUAAAAUUUGUGCCUGGAAGGAGACAGAAGAAUUUUAAUUCUUUUUUUCCCCCCCAACCUCCUUUAUUCCCGCCUCUCCCCAACCGGUGACAUAACUCGUUCUGGGAGACCUAGCCCUCGAACUUUCUGAUGCUGCUGGUUGUCUUGGUCCUGACCCUGAAAAAAAAAAAUGUUUAUCUUGUCCUCACCACCGCCA